GACUGCGACCAUUGUAGAGAAGGCUUUACCCGUCAGAGUAGCCGACCUAACCAAAGGCUGUCGUACUUGUCGCAGUCGACGAUAGGGCAUCGUGGCGAGCGCUUGGAGUAUCAAGUGGUCGCUCACAAACAAAUUUGUCGGCAUUGGCUGACAAUGACGUAACGAAAACACACAAAGCGUACUUUGAUGCGCUACAGCGUCACGACGCCACUUGUCCGCUCGCGUAUGUCGCGCCAUUACUCGCCCAGACCCAACAGGCCGAUUACGUAAAGUCGUCGAUAAGAUGUUUCGAGUCAGCGAACGGAGAAUGGAGCAAGCGAGCGAAACGCGUGGCUUCAGUUUUACAGCGAUUGCGUGUACGUUACCCACGUGUCGAGACGUUGCGCGUGUAUCGCAUAUACUUUCGGAGCAGAUGCGAGCCACGUGCGUGGACGAACCGCUGACUGCACAACAGUUCGUGUGCUUCUUAAAUGUAACUGAUUUAUCAAUGAAUAACUACGACGGAAGAGAACAUAAAAAUUUACUGGAGUUCAGUGAAAAUGAAUAGUAGUGCAACUGACGAUGAUGCAUUUUAAUGUAAAAGAACACGAUCUAUUUCACAAAGUAGUUUUUAUCAGACGUGCAAGUACGAAAUUUCGUACAUUUGAAACGGAAUUGUAAUUUCAUGUGCUAAUGUUCCCGUUAAUCGAAAGAAACUUGAUCUAUGUAAACUUGCGAAUAUUAUGUCGAUCAAGCAUAAAUUGUUUUAACAUUGUAAGUCAAAGAAGAUAAUAUUGUGUUAAUCAAUUUCCGCGUUAAUCAGUAUUUUCCCUUCGCCGUUGAUUUAAACAGAGAAAACUAUUUAGCUCUUAUUGAAUUAACUGCUAUUCUUUUACACGCAUACAACUCUCAUUUAAUGUAUUCUUAAAAACUCGCUGACAAGAAGCAAUAAAUGCUUAUCAACUCUACCGACUUUAUUGAUUUUAAUCGCAUAAAAUUAAUUAAUAAAAGUUUUAAAAAAUUGCAACAAUUAUCUUGUACUUUUUAUCUACACUAUUAAAUUGAUCUACGUAAUAAGUAAGUUAAAAAUGCUGCUUCGGAUAACGUUCACACAUAUCUACGGAUUUACAAUAGCGGUUGAAUAGUGUGAUAUUCAAGGUAUUAUUUUCAGACAACGGCGUUGUGAUAAUUUUAGAUUAUAUUAUCAGAUAAACAGGAGAGAUCAUAUAUACUACCAUUCUUUGUGGUAUCUCUCAGAAACAGUCCCGGAAAGCUAGACAUCUGAAUUUUAACAUCCAAGUUGCAACGUUUAAUUAUCGUAAGUGAUACGGCUUAUAUCUUAGCCGCAAUUCUUGAUACGAUUAACUCCGGUUUGAUAUACAUGUACGUACACACUGAUCAACAAGUCAAUCCGUUCGAAUAUCCAAACGAAAAUGACAAGUAAUCAUGAGUAAGUAAUAGAAACUUGAAAGUAGCAACAUGGAUGAAAGGUUUAGUUUCAGAGUUUAUCACUUCUCAGUUUAUCAUAUGUAUAUUCUCCUAAAUAAAAAUGAAGUAACUACGAGUUGAUAAGAAUAAUAGAAGUUUUAAAGAAGCAACGUAGAUAGGUUUAUUUUCCAAGUUUAUCGUUUCACAACUUAUGUGUGUAUUCUUCUGCAUAUUUAUAUUGGACACCGAGUCUUCAGUGAAACAGUGCAACUAUUUUCUUAUGUUUUGCGAAUUUGCAACACCUGCCAACUUUUAAUAACAAACUGUGAAAGCAUAUAUUAAACUUCAUUUAAUUAACAAUGUUCUACUAGUAGAAUGUAUCGCGGCUAAUCAGAAUGUAGGAAUAUAUAUCCUUCGCUGUUCGUAGAAUUUUCUGUUAGCUAUUAUGUAGUUAAAUGCACAACUGCAAGGAAGAUAUUUAACACAGAAAAUUUUAUUGUGUCUCUAAAAUUUCUCAACCGAUAACACGUGCGUUAAAGCCAACCUAAUGCUGAUACACACAGAUAAAAGUAUCCGUGGCAUAUUACGAACUAACUCAGCGAAUUUCAUGCGUAAACGCGAGGUAUCCAGUAAAAUAGCGGACUGUGCAAGACUGACUACGUAAAACAGUUGGAAAUAAUGGCUGAAUAAGUUCAGUUGCAUCGAAAAUCUUUCAUUCGAAAAAAAAGAACGAAGAAUCCAGUGGGAACAAAUAGCAAUAUGAAAACCGACAAGGUGACGCCACAAAUGGAAUCUUUUCGUGGAAACAGAAACAUGUGCAAAAAAUACUUUAGAUGGAUAAAAUAUGUAUCAGUAGAGCCGACCAUGUGGCUCUUCAUGAUGGCGUUUAUGUUCACGUCAGUCGUCGAGCAAGACUUUUUUAGGUAUAAAGCAUGUCGAGUGGAUCACGGGUACUCUGAAGAAAUUUGUAUGAAGCUGAACGAUGAUGAUAAUAAAGAGAUAAAGAAGAAAGUACAGCUAACCGUCUCGGAAUUCCAUAUGUGGAACGACAUUGCCGGGCAUGCGAUGCCUAUUAUCUUGGCCAUGUUUUACGGCAACUGGAGCGACCGGCGCGGACGUAAAUUGCCGCUCAUCUGCGGCCUGACGGGCAAAUUGCUUUAUUCCAUCAUGAUCGUCAUCAAUUCUACGAUGAACACUUGGAAUUUGAACAUGGUAGUGUACACGGCGACUCUGCCGAUGAGCAUAUUGGGCGGCGACGUCGCAAUCUUCGGCAGUUGCUUCGCGUACAUAUCGGACGUAAGCUCCGUGCAACAAAGAACCAUGAGAAUCACGAUCCUGGAUAUCGCUUAUCUCAGUACCAUGCCCUCGGGAGUUGCACUUGGAUCAUAUGUGUUUACUCAUUUAGUCAACAAGUCCUACACGAUUAUGUUUGCUGUAAAUGCAACUUUACUCUCGCUGGCAAUUGUGUAUUCACUCGUGUGGCUCAAAUGGCAAACGUCACCACAGCAGCAACCGCUUUCGGGCACCAACUGGCUGUUGGACUUCUUCGACAUGCGACAUGUCGCCACGACAAUGCGAACGUUAGUGAAAUCAAGGCGCAAUCAUGGCAAAUUGCACCUCUGGUUGCUCCUGCUGGCGAUGUGUCUAUAUACAUUCCAGAGAGACGAGAAGCCGAAGAGCCAGAUGUACACUAAUUUAGUCUUUAAGUGGGACGUUGCAGAUUUUAGCAACUUUAAAACGUUCCAAUCGACUCUCUUCGUAUUAGCAAUGCUUAUCGGAGUGCCAAUUAUGAGUAAAUUAAUAAAAAUGAGGGACACUUUCAUCGUAGCUGUGGGAGCAAUAGCACACGCCGCUGGAAGAGUGGUAUUUGUUUUAGCGGACCGCCCGGAAUUAUUUUACGUGGGCGCUGCUGUUGCUGCGCUAGGUCCCGUAGUAGCUCCAGUACUCAGAUCUAUGACUUCGAAACUUGUGCCUGUAGAGGAGCGAGGUGCGUAGCAAUAAU